AGCGCUGUUAUCGGCAGAGAAAAAAAAUCCUUACAGUCGCCAUGAUACAGCAGCGGAAACGGGUGAGAAGUAGCUAGAAAACAAAAGAGAACACGCAGUCGUCCUCGCGAUUUGGUAUGCUCUUGCAGUGUUAUAGGAAUGCCCAAGGAAAAAUAUGACCCGCCGGAUCCCAGGCGGAUGUACACAAUUAUGUCCAGCGAGGAGGCAGCCAACGGGAAGAAGUCAUACUGGGCUGAGCUGGAAAUUAGCGGCCGAGUAAGGAGUCUCAGCACAGCCCUGUGGUCUCUCACCCACCUCACUGCCCUGCACCUCAGUGACAACUCAUUGUCACGCAUCCCGCCAGACAUUGCCAAACUACACAACCUGGUGUACCUGGAUCUCUCAUCCAAUAAGAUCAGGAGCCUGCCGGCAGAGCUCGGCAACAUGGUGUCUCUCAGGGAACUGCUUUUAAAUAACAACCAGUUGCGGGUUCUGCCAUUUGAAUUGGGGAAACUGUUUCAGUUACAAACACUGGGGUUGAAAGGAAACCCACUUGCACAAGAAAUUAUGAGCCUCUACCAGGAACCUGAUGGCACGCGGAGACUGCUCAACUACUUGUUAGACAAUCUGGCAGGGGCUAUCAAGCGCAUACCAACAGAGCAGCCCCCAGCCCGGUCAUGGAUCUCACUCCAGGAACCAGACCGAACACGGGCCUCAGCACUGUUCUCGGUGAUGUGCUACAAUGUGCUGUGUGAUAAGUACGCCACACGACAGCUAUAUGGUUACUGUCCCUCUUGGGCUCUAAAUUGGGAAUACAGGAAGAAAUCCAUCAUGCAGGAGAUCCUGGGCUGCAACGCAGACAUCAUCAGUUUGCAGGAAGUUGAGACAGAGCAGUACUACAAUUUCUUCUUGCCUGAGCUGAAGGAGCAGGGAUAUGAUGGGUUCUUCAGUCCAAAGUCAAGAGCUAGGACUAUGUCAGAGUCAGACCGUAAACACGUGGACGGAUGUGCAAUCUUCUACAAGACGGAUAAGUUCAGCGCAGUGCAGAAGCACACAGUGGAGUUCAACCAGCUGGCCAUGGCUAACUCCGAGGGCUCAGAGGCUAUGCUGAACAGGGUGAUGACCAAGGACAACAUUGGGGUAGCUGUACUUCUUGAGGUCCGCAAAGAGAUGAUGGAGGUCUCCUCUGGAAAGUCACUCCAUGGCAUGGAGAAGCAGCUGCUCCUGGUGGCCAACGCCCACAUGCACUGGGACCCAGAGUACUCUGACGUCAAGCUGGUCCAGACCAUGAUGUUCCUGUCAGAGGUGAAGAACAUAGUGGACAAGGCCACACGCAGCCUCAAGUUGUCCUCUGUCUCUGGUGAGACCAAUGCCAUUCCACUGGUGCUGUGCGCUGACCUCAACUCCCUGCCUGACUCUGGCGUAGUGGAGUACCUGAGUACUGGCGGAGUGGACUGCACCCACAAGGACUUCAAGGAGCUUCGUUAUAGCGACAGCCUGACCAAAUUCAACUGCAACGGCAAGAACAGUACGUCCAACGGCAGGAUCACCCACGGCUUCAAGCUGAAGAGCGCCUACGACAACGGCCUGAUGCCUUACACCAACUACACCUUCGACUUCAAGGGUGUCAUCGACUAUAUUUUCUACUCCAAGCCUCACCUGAACGUGCUGGGUAUCUUGGGCCCCCUGGACCCCCACUGGCUCGUAGAGAACAAUGUCAGCGGCUGCCCACAUCCCCACAUCCCUUCCGACCACUUCUCCCUCUUCGCCCAGCUGGAGCUGCUCCUGCCCAACGUGCCCCCCCAGGUCAAUGGGCUCCAUCUGCCUGCACGCAGGUAGUGAGUCCCUGCCACACCGCCAGGGGGAGCUGCAACCACAGGCUCUCCCUUUUCAACCCUCCUCCCUCCCACUACCAGCUCUUCCCUCCACCACACUGGAGGAGGAAGACAAAAAAAACACAACCUGUAAAAUAUUCGUACAGUGAGGUCUGGCCGACAGGGAUUUCGUAUACUGUUAUAGAUAUUCUAUAUUUUUCUUUUUUCUCUCUCUAUUUUACUUUUUUGUUCUUUUUUUAACCGCUCAAUUCAGUCCUGUUCGUGCAUCAUAUUUUGUGUUUCGGACUCCUUUUCCUCCUCAGAAUCCACCCACCCACCCACUUUGUUUCUGUCAUCCAAACUAGAGGGGGUGGUAGCUCAUUCAGAUUUGUCACAUGGGGCACUGUUUGGUUUUUAGAGGAAGGGGAAACUUAGAAGUGGCUGAGGGGAUGACAUCCACCUGAAAAGCUCGAUCAUAGCUGAUGGUCUGCUUGUCUGUCUGUCCUGUAUAAAUCUAAAACCAGCAAAGACAGCAGACUUGUCAGUCUCAGACCUCCAUUAUUGGCUUGUGCUUGUUUUUCCCUCUACUCUGGGCAGCCAGCAUACUUUCUCAGUCUUUCUAGGAUACACACAUUUGUUGAUUCAGAUGUGGUUGGGUUAGAGCAGCUUUUAGCUUCGGUAGUUGUGCAUCCCUGGAGGUGGAUGUAGCGCAGCUUGUAUGAGGUGAGAUUUCCUGCUGUCAUUCUGUGGUGCUGAGGCCUUUUGUGUGGUCACGGCCUCCCGUGGUGCUACAAGAUAGUCUACACCUCUGACCCCGGCCCUGGUGCAUUAGCUACCAAACCCACAGAUGCCUCGAGAACCAAACGUCCGAGAACUACAUUCGCCUGAUCACACAUGGGCAGCGUGUAGUGUUAAUUUGUCAAGGAAGGAUGUUGUGAGAAACUGAGAGCAGCUACCAUCCUGUUUGCAGACUGUUUCACCCCAGCUUGUAUAGUUGUUAGGCUAGUCUUGUGCUUAGGAGCUCAUGUGGCCCAUGUAUCACCUUUUUUGGGGGCAAGGGGAUUUAGGCUGAUGGAAAAAGCAAUUGGGGGGGGGGUAUCAUAAAUCUUUUCUUUAUCUUGAAUGCUUAUAGGCAGACAGAGCGAGUAAUGGCUGAUACACGGGAGUAAAACCAGCAUUCCUCUCACUGUCUGGAGUUGCCAUCCACAACUCCACACAUGCAAGCUUACACACAAACACUUGCACACACACAGACACACAUAAUACAGGUAAUUUGAAGGCAGAUCUGUAGCACUGUCUCUGAGGCCAGUAGUGACUUUCCCCAGCCAUAAAUUCCAUACACAAAAGCAGUGGUUUUUUUCACAAGUGUUUGUACAGAAUAGAAAUCUAGACUCAGUCUUUACAUGAUUGUAUAUGAACCACAAAAGACCUGUUUUCUGGCGUUUUUUGUACUAAGAGUAAAUUAUGAUCAGAUUUGAAAAAAAGAUUGUAUUGUAAACUAUGGCUAAAUUUUUAUCCAGUUAAUGUUAAGAUGAAUUGAUAUUACCAGCUUGUACAAAAGACGUAAGAAGAGGUUGUUCAAGGCGUUCGCUGUCACUACUUUGCACUCCCUAGAGAUUAACUGUAAUUAAUGUAUCAGUAUUGUUUUAUUUUUUCCUUCCUACCCCCCUCUCUUUCUCUGCCAUUGAUUUGAUUUGCCGGCACAUUGCUGCGAUUGUAAAUAGACACUGAGUAAACUCUGCCUGUUGCUUCUUGCCCAUUAACAAAGCCAUUGAUCCACACUGCUGCCAUCAGUUCAGACAAAAGGACACGCAAGAUCGAGUCGCAGCCCACCAGCGAUUCCACAUCUGUUCAUCUCAAUAUCUCUCACUCGCUCUCACCAGUGACGUGUGGCCGAUACAACCUAUAUAAAUCCCACACGUACAACAAAAACAUCGUGCCUCACUGUAGCAGUUGUUGUCGUCUUGCACUAUUUACAUUUGACGAACGCCUGAACAACCUUUUCUCCUUUUAUUUUUAAAUACUGUUGAGACAUUUGUGAAGAUUUUAUGUCCUUUUUUUGGUUUUUGUUAAUGUUGAUUUCCUUUUUUAUGAGCUGUGACAAUGUUAUGAUGAUGUGUAUAUCCUUCCUAUUCAUUGAGCUCUCUAGUAAUCAGGUAUGCUUUCUCCACCGACCCUUUCUCUACUUAAAGAACAUGAGUAGGAUGUCUUAUCUUUACUAAAUCCACUCUCUCGGAUUGUUUUACUCCCUCAUAGUACCUUAGCAUGGCUCCAAGCCUAAACUCCCCCCCCCAAAAAAAAACCUCGCCCAUAGCUCCUACCCUGGCCAUGAAAUUUAAGUCUCUGCAAGCCUGUCCAUCACCCUAACAAACCCUCAACCGCCCAACCUCAGACUUAACCUACCCACUAUAUUACUCAAGCUGUGUCUUUUAAACCCCUUUGCUCAACCACUUUGUAUAGUUCUUACCCUCGUCACUGCAGCUAUAGUGCCAUCUGUGGACACCCCCCCAACCCCCCCCCCCCCCCCCAAAACCACCACCUCUGUAUUGGGAAAAGGUGGAAGGCUGCUUUUGGAUGAACAAGGGAUGAGGGGCAGUGAGCUCAGCUGUUUCUCCCUGAAGGCCCCAGGGCAAACGCGUUGUGAUGAAUCAAAUUUUGUUACAUCUCAGACCGACAACAAGAAAUCUGUCAGUGGUGAGAUGAUCACUUCAACAGCCAUGCUUUUACACGGAUACAAUGGACGACGAGCACUUAGUAGAUUCAGAUGCAGCUCCCCUCACUCCCUGUCCGAUCAUAUUAGUGAGUAAAGAUCUUAUUACUUUAAUGUAUAUGUUGAAAUGACAUUUUUAAAGCAAGAGGGAAGCAAGUAAAUAGGAAGUAUAAAUUUAGUCCUCAGAUCAAGUUUUCUUGUCCCAUUUGUUUGCCCCCUACAUGUUUGUUUUUAAACUUUUUUUGUUUUCCAAUGGAAACCAAUGUGUCCAGUUUGCUUUUUUUCCUGAAUGGCAUUAGUAUUGUAGUAGAUUUAAAGGCUAGCUUUUUUGUAAAGUGUGAAUAAAAGAUGUAUCUCAUGUUUCCUUUCUAAAAAGAUAUUGAAUUGUGUUGUUGAUGUGUAAAUCAUGAAUUCAAUGAUGGUGUUAUGUUUGCUACAUUGUUUUUACUUUUACUCAAUUUUUUUUUCCUCCCACCAUUUACUCUUAUCCCAUCACAAACCAAAAUCCUCUGUAGAAAUCAUGAUGAGGCAUUGUCUUUGAUGGGUUGAUGUAGAGAAUUUGAAUGUUCCUAUCAAUGCAUCGUAGAAUGAAGGAUUGAGUGCUUACUGGAGGAAAAGUACCUGCAUCUUUGGCAUCAGAACUUUCAGCACAGGGAUAUUCAUUUUUUUCUCUUUUCAUUGCUUUUCAGCUUUAUUUUGGAUGUUGCAUGGCACUAGGUGGAGAGUGCCAGUGCCUGUAGGUUAGGGCAGCAGAGCUGUCUUACUAGUGGCUGCAGUUCAGUCCUAGAGAACACUGUUCUGACUGGUGUAAAACGUGUUUGUAAGACUAAGCUAAUGUUGUGCCACUGGUUGCUAGACUGGUCCUGUGAUGAUUUUUUGAGUACUACUAGUCCAUCUCACUCUGUUCUUGUGCAUCACAGUGGUUAAAUCUGUUACACUAGCUAGCUACUAUCAAUAGUCACUGAUUUGACUCUUCAAAUCUUCUCAGUUGUUGACUCCCUCCCUCCCUCCUUUUCAUCACCCUCUUGAUAAAACCGCAGACUAUGGCUUCUAAUUGGAAAAUCUGGUAGAUUACAGAGCGGAGUUGUGUCGCUCUGUUAGCUUCAGCGAGUGAUCGCAUUGUACUUUUUCCACUGUUGCAUUGUUGUCAUAGUUGGCUUGUUUAGUCUGUGUAGAGUGAUUUUUUUCUCUCUCUCUCUCUCUCUCCCCAGGCUGCAUCUCUGUAAUGGUGCACACCAAAGCUGCUUGUAGUUCAGUUCUCUGUUGUAGAGCGAGUUCUUUCACCAACCCGUCGCAUCAUUUUUUUUCUUUUUUUUAAAUCCAAAUCAUAGUCUUCAUGAAACGUAGGGCUGUAAGGAAAGCAAGGUACUUUUGUCCUUUUCCUUGAAUCACAUGAACAUCCAUAUUCGUACUUGUCACUGUGGCUGGAGUUUGGUUUCUCAACCCAUCAACUCGAUUAAAUGCAUUUUUUUUUUCCAAAAACUUGGCAAUAAUACCCAGAAACAUUCAGACACAUUCAGAAUGGGUUUUUAAAUAUUUUAUCUGGAAAAUGUAGCUAUUUCAUCUUUCAAACUGUGGUCGUUUUUUUUUUUUUUCUCUCUUUUGCUUUUUAACUCUCCACUUUCAACCUCCCAGAUUGUUUCUUUACCUGAAGACCUUUUUAAGCUUGUUUUUUUUUCCCUUUCCCUUUUAUCAUCCAUCUUGUAUAUUUGCUCAUCUCCUUCUCCCUGCCGAUCUAGUGGUAGUUGUUCAAUGAUCAGGAUUGUCUAUCUGUAGUCAGCUGAGUACAUAUAUUGAUCUGUGUCACUGUGUUUAUGCACUGGACCAACUAUUGUUUACCAUUCAUGAAAAUACCAGCAAAAAAAAAAAAGAAAAAAAAUAAUGACGAAACACUUGCACAAUGUUGUAGAAUGUCCAUUAACCCAGAUGAGAAAUCAAGGCAGCUGUUUUCAAAUCAACACAUACUGUUUUAAAAAGAAACUGAAUGGUAAACAAUGCUUUCUGUUGUACCCCUUAGCCGUCCUCUUGAUUCUCUUUGGACUAGUUUUGUUCUUUUAUUUUUUCCGUUUGACUACAGGUUCUGCUUGUUUCCUUUACACCUACCUAUGUAUUUUCCUACUUCUGGUUGAAAAUAAAUUCUAUAUUAUCUGUUUCAA